UAAAAAAUGAUUAAUUGCAAUUGGUAAAGAAUAUGUUAGGAAAUCCAAGGGAAAGCUAUAUUAAACAAAAUAAUUCUAUAGCAGUUUUAUCAAAAUAAAAUCGGUAAAAUUUAAAUUGUUAUCAAAAUUCAUUCUAUAUAAGAAGUUAAAAUCACGUGGUUUAAAAUUCUAGAGCUGUCACCUAUUUUCUUAUUUAUCAUACCAAAAUUUCGGUUUUGUUUUACGGUUUCAAAUCCCAAUAGAAAACUCCUAAGUUUCGAAUUCCUUUCCUACGAUAUACUAUAGGUUUUUAUGAUAAACUAGACCACUUGAAUAUAAUAAGGCUCCUAAACUUAUUAGAAAAAAAACAUAUUUUAUUUCCCACUAGAGUACGUAUUUAAUCAUUGAAUUUCUCUUUGCAUCUUAAUAAUAAGUCAUGUUCUCACGUAAUUUUGUGGCUUCAUUUGGGAAAUUAUUUUCUUGUAGAGUCGAAAAAUAGUUGUGUGCUCCCACUGCGUAUAGAUAUCUUACAUAUCCUUGAUUUAUAGCAGUAUUUGUCUUGAUUUUGCUCCUUCAGUUAGAAAAUAUGGAGAGUGGGAUCUUGUUGCUCGCAUUUAUAUCAACUUUGGUUAUAGUUCACCAAUUCCACAUUAUUCAAGCUCAAGAAGGUAUAAGCAUUGACUGUGGAACAACGGGUUCCUACGUGGACUCCAACAAUGUAACAUGGGUCGGAGAUAAUGGCUUCGUUACCACCGGCGAAUCCAUUAAUAUCACGGACGUCGUAAAUAAACCGAUCAAUACCCUCCGGUACUUUCCAACCGGUCAAACUAAUUGCUACACCAACAUUCCGGCGACAAAAGGCCGGAACACCCUUGUGAGGACGAAAUUUUACUACAAAAACUACGACGAGAAUUACUCGCCACCAUCUUUCGACGUGGUUUACGAUGGGAAACACCGUGAUUCUAUUGCGAUUACAGCUGACUCGUUGUUCAGCGACGAGGAAUCAUUCCAUUACUCUGAGGUGAUAUUUGCUCCGGCGAAUGAGAAUAUCAGCGUUUGCCUCGUCCGUACGUCUCCGUCCGAUAACCCUUUUAUAUCUUCCAUUGAAGUUUACCGCUUCGAUGCCGGCAUGUAUGACGAUCUUGGUCCUGAAGAAGGUCUUAUUCUCUAUAAAAGAAAUGCGUACGGUGCCACAAAGCUUAUAAGCUACCCGUUAGAUCCUUACAGUAGGCUAUGGUUCCCAAAAGGGUCCCAAGACUACCCCGGACUGAUCGAUCUUACAACCUCAGCAACAUCCAUAGACAUCACCGGAGCGUUGAACAAACCGCCAGAGAUUGUUAUGACGAAGGCAAUGUCAGGAGACGGCUUUACAAUGUCCGGCCUGAAUCUCCCCUCUAGUACCCCUCUACCGGUAUACUUAGCUCUUUACUUCUCAGAGCCUCAGAGUCUAGGUCGGACCCAAAAACAAUCGUUCACCGUUUUCUUGGACGGCAUGCAAGUGGGUUCACAUCCCAUAGUACCAGUUUUUGGGAAAGCGACUCAAGUCGUUUUAAGAGAUGUAAUGGCUAGUUCGGAGUCUCAGUUAGUUUUUAGGUCAACCGAUGACUCGGGUUUGCCGACCAUCAUCAGUGGUUUGGAGGUUUAUUCGAUAAGUAACUACAAGGACCGUGGAAGCGGAGGCGGGGGCCAAAGCGGCAGUAGUAAUAAUGGUCAGUUUUUAUUGGACCUAUGUAUAUGAUUUAUUGCU